AUGAUUGUACGCAGUCAAGACGAAAACAUUAAUUUAAGUGAGGCUGUAGAACUCGCACAACAAGAAGAAAGAGCAACCAUGUCAAUGAGAGAAAAGGAUCAAAAGUCAAGGGAAAUAAGCGGGCAGAAUUAUCAAAGAGACCAACCAAAGCAGAUGAAGUGUUACAAUUAUGGUAAAGCGGGGCAAAUAUCCAAGCACUGCAACAGAAAUACCAAAGUAAGAUGGAUGCAGACACCCAGCAGGGCAGAAGAAGCACGGAAAUUUCAGAAUUAUUGUUACCAUUAUGACGAACCAGGGCAUGCAGAAGCGAAAUGUAAUAGAACUAUUAUAUGCGAAAAAUGCCAAAGGCGUGGGCAUAGGGAGAAAGACUGUCGAACUCCUAAAUGUUAUCGGUGUAAUAAAUAUGGGCAUUUAGCAUCACAGUGUAGAGAGAAAAUAGAAAAGUUCCGAGGAAAAGGGACGGGAAACGAAACAGGUGGUAUGGGCAGCAGUCAUGCAUAG